UCAGCCUCUUGCAAAGUUAUCUGAUUACUAUAUAUAACCAUAGACGUAAUACAAUAUAACCCAGUAAACCGAGAGACAAACCCUCAAUUACCUGUUGCUUUGGACUCUUAACUUGCCAAGGACGUUUACACACUCUUAUCACAGUUGCAGAAACAUUUACAUAUUAGACCUUUACAUCGGAAUGAAUAAAAAAGAAAGAAACGGCCGGUGUUCGUAAGACAUUUUCACAACUCGGCCGAGUCAAGAUGACGACGUUGGCACGGUUGUUGCCGAUUGUUGUUGCUGCAACAUUUGUUGUUGUUGUUUGUUGCUUUACAACAGUCCAUGCAGGAGCGGAUCCCUAUUUGGACAAAUACCUAGCAUCUGUGAGACAAAACAAGCAUGGAUUGGAGGAUAUCAGGAAGCUUUUUGCUGAUAGAGGUCUAGAUUUGAAUAACGUUGUCGAAAACAUGGGAAACAAUCAAGAAUUCGCAAAGUUGUUGCUUGAAAAGCUAUCGUCGGUCAGAGACAUGGGCACAAUUCGGGAGGGAGAGAAUGGUGAUCAAUUCUACGUGUUUGAUAACGAGGUGCCUGAUCGACCAGAGACACUAGUUUUGGCUUCAUGUCUGACCGACCUCAUCAGGUUAUUAGUCGAUGUUUCUCUCAAUGUUGAGUACGCUUCGAGAAUGUGGGUAUCCCGUGGUAAACUAGACGAAAGCGCAUUUUAUACGUUACUAUUCAAAGACCCCGGUAACAGAUGGUUGUGUCAGUCAGUGAAGGAAAAUAAAACUUCACAAAAUCCACCAUUUAGCGGCAAGUACUGCUAUUCUGCAGCGUUUAACAUUCCUGCCGGCCUUGGAACCUGCGUACCAGAUACGUGCACAGAAGAGGAUGUCAACAUCUUGGCAUGGCUAUUGAUGAUCCUCAUCGGAAUAGAGCCGUUUUAUUACGUAGACUGCACCGAACCAACUCCGUGGAAUACGGCUGAUAUAGGAUUCACAGCUGGACUUGCUUUCUUUGCGUUAAUUGUCCUAUGUGGGUCCUUGUACGACAUCUUUCUCCAGCAACUCGUCCUCGGUAAGAUGCGUGGAUACGCCGUGGCUGACGACGUUGUCAAGCGAUCGUCGCAGAACGCAGUGGAGAACGACUACGAAAACGUCCGUGACGACACUGUGGAAGACGACCAAGGGUCGGAUGUAGCGACGACCUCGAUCGAUAGUGCUAUGGAUGCAACCGAUGAUGUGCAGGAAGAGAUGGAAGGGGCAAAGGUCAAUGGCGGAUACGACUUCCGGGUCGAAAAAGAGGUCAAAGAUGGGGUCACGAAGGAGCCACCGGCGCACAAGAAGAACGUGGAGGUGGAAAUUGAUGAUUCAGGCUCAAGCUUGCAGAGAGCUAAAAGAUCGAAUAAUCUAGGAUGGGCUGUCCUACAUGCCCUCCUGAUGUCGUUUUCCGCUGUGAAUAACUGCAAGAAGCUUCUAAGUGCCAAGAAGACCAAGAACACCAUGGCGGUCCUAAACGGACUGAGGGUAGUCAGUAUGUUCUGGGUUAUUCUUGGUCACUCCUGCUCGUUUUACAUAGGCCGACUCAUGAAUCCAUUGGAGAGUCUUAUACUGACAGACGUCAUUGGGUUCAAUGCCAUUACCAACGCGACGCUCUCUGUGGACACCUUCUUUGUCUUAAGCGGUUUCUUAGUCACCUACCUGACUCUGAAGCAGAUUGACAGCGUCCGUAAGAGAAGCACUGCGCAAUGGGCGGGCUUCUGGUCUCUGUUCUACUUCCACCGCUGGUGGCGCCUGACACCGGUCUACAUGGCAGCCAUGGGUAUCUAUGCACUCCUAAUGCCUCACUUUGGUCAAGGAUGGAAUACGGAGGUCAUCUAUGAGUACAUCAAGUCUAUCUGUCGUCAACAGUGGUGGACUCAUCCUUUGUACAUCAACAACCUCUACCCUUGGCCUAACGUACUUGAUGACUCGUGUAUGGGUUGGUCUUGGUAUCUAGCCAACGACAUGCAGUUCUACAUCAUCAGCCCCCUCAUCCUCAUCGUUCUUUACAAGAAUGGAAAAGCAGGCCUUGCCCUUGUCGCGUCAAUCAUGUUUGUAUCUUUGUCUUCGCUAUUCGGACUCAACUGGCAUUAUGGAUAUACUAUCAGCUCACAAGAACCCUACACGGACAAUGUUCCUGAUCCCGAGAAUGCUGACACCACCUACAGUAAACCAUAUACCAGGAUCCCGCCCUAUCUCGCCGGCAUGGUUGUAGGCUAUGUCAUGUUCAAGCUCAAGGGAAAGAGAAUCAAGAUGCCCCCGCUGAUGGUGAUUUCUGGUUGGUUAGCUGCCCUAACCACUCUUUGGUUUACUCUGUAUGGAAUUUGGUUCUCCUACCAAAGGAUGGAUGUACCCCAGGCCACGGCUGUCAUGUAUCUCACCUUCUGUCGUCUGGCGUGGGGAGUUGGUGUUGGCUGGAUCAUCUUCGCUUGUCUGCAGGAUUACGGAGGUCCUAUCGGUGCCAUCUUGAGUUGGCAGAUCUGGAUUCCUCUAGCCAGACUGACCUACUGUGCUUACCUGAUCCACCCUGUCAUACUCUUCAGCAGGGUCUACUCUGACGCAGUCUUGUUCCACACGAGUUAUAUUACCAUAUCUUAUCUCUUCGUCGCAAACGUGGUCUUGUCUUACGCCUCUGCCCUGGUUCUUUCUCUCUUGGUCGAGGGUCCUACCAUGGGCUUGGAAAAGGUCAUGUUUGGAAAGUUCAAGAGGUCAUAGGUCAUUACUCCCAGUAGAUAAUGCGAUAGUUUUGUUUAUGGAGAAAUAAAAUACAUACAUUAUUACUUACAAUAAUCUGUUAAGAACAUUAAGAACGGCGUAAUGAUAAAAUCAUCUGGUAUACUUGGUUGCGUAUUUUGUAUGAUGUGAGACAGUGAUGAAAACAAAUAACAAAUAUUAUAUUAUGUAAUAGCGCCCGAGUUUGGAGAUGCAAUAGAAAGGCAUCAUUGGAACCAGAGAAAUAUGACAUAUUCUUAUACUAUCAAAUUGUAACAUACACUUUUGUGUUCGUUUUGUUACCACAUAUGUGCCUGAGGAAGCUCAAAUAAUAUCAGAAUUGUAGCGAAUAUAAUUGAGCUUGUUAAUAUCUAUCUGACCCGAUUUUUGUCAUUAUUGUGGUUGUAUUUGUAAUAUUCGAUGAUUUAAAUGAUUUAAACCUGCAGUAAAACAAAACGCACAUCCCAUCCCUUUCAAAAAUCAAGUAAAGAAAUCAAUCGAAUUUGCAAUUGGCCUACGCUACAUUUUCCACUCCCUUAUCAUCAAUUUCGUGAUGCCCAAUUUGAAUCAUCUGUCAUUGAUAAUGCUUAUUCUUAUAAAUUUUCCAUUAUAUAUGUCUUCACACUUUGCAUAUCAGAUUAUUCAGUUCGUAAAUGAUUUUUUUCUCACAAUUGAAUCUAUUUAUAAAAUCUCUAUCCAUUUAAAGUUUAAUAGUUGAUAAUAGGUCAAGGCUGUGAAAUUUGAUUGAUCAUGUUUACAAUAAACCAAAUUAUCGAAAACAUA